AUGAGCCACUCCUACGAGCAUCCUGACAGCACGGUCAAGAUGGCUUACGAUAGUGACACUCAGCCUUUGAUUGCUGGCCACCCCGGCUUGAUCAACACCCCUCCUCCUACCGCUGAUGAAAGCGUUGUUCCGGGUAGCCUGGAGUCAACGUCUCGCUGGUCGGUUCCCAAAUCCUCCUCUGCGAAGCCACGCGUGUCGAGAGCUCCCCGCAUCCAGCGUCGAUCCAAGAAGUUGAAAGAACGCUCCAAGCCCAAUGUCACUGCUCCCUUGAGCAAAUCGACCAAGCAUAUGACACACAUUCCUCUUCGCGACAUGGAGAGCUGGGUCCACCGUCCCAUCAAGAUUCGUAUGCAAGAAGUUGCCAAGCGGAACGGUCGUGUUGCUCGUCCUAUGAACUCCUUCAUGCUCUACCGUUCCGCUUAUGCAGAGCGCGCCAAGCAGCUUAUCACUGAGACCAACCACCAGAAGGUUUCUGAAGCGGCGGGUGAGAGUUGGAAGAUUGAGUCGCGUGAGAUCCGGGAGAAGUACGAACUUCUGGCCAGCAUCGAGAAGAGCAACCACCUCAAAGCUCAUCCUGGUUACAAGUUCUCGCCCUCCAAGAAGGACAAGAACCCAGAUGAGUCCCGUUCGGAACCGGAUCCUGAACAGGGACCCUCCCCCAUGUCCAGCCCUUCUUUUGCCCAGAGCGGUCGCGGUAUGAGCUGUGGCGUGGAAAAUGGCGGUUGGGACAGCCGUGACUUUACUCCCUUUGACCAAGACCAUGGUCUUCCCUCCGCAAGCUAUCUGAGCUCAUCCUGGCAAACGGGCCACCCUGGCAGGCCUUUUACGGGAAUAAACGAGGCGGCCCAUCACUACAUCCCAUCGUCCGUCCCUGCGGGUGUCGUGAACCUGCAGGAAUUGCAGUACUCGUCGUCGACGGCCCUGGCUGGACUGCCUGGUGGCACUCACCAUGACCUUCUUCAACCUCAAAACUCCAUCCCGACCCCGGGUUCGUUCACCGAUGGUCAGUUGGACCCCCAGCUGCUAAAGCGUGACACGGCCAGUCCGGCUCAGGUCUACCAUCAUAAUGGUGUCUAUCACCCCAUGUGGCAGGAAGGACCCGCCUAUCUGCCUGCAACGACCUCCAUGCCGCCAAAUGCAGUGCCCUACUCUGUCGCCGGUUACCAGCCGAGCAUGCAAACCUUGUUGGACAACCGGGAAUCCUGGGAAUCUAGUCAAGAGACCAAUGUCGACGGGCCCAAUGGUGGCGACUUUGACCAUUGGAUUAAUCCUCAUCCUACUGGGUACUGA